AAAAAGCAAAAAAAUCGUAUGAGUACGAUUUAAAUCGUACAUCUGGCAGCCCUGGGUCGGUUACUCGUUACUCGGUGACGCCACUUGCCUGUAUUUUGAUCUGUGGCACCUGUCAUCCACAUACGUUUGUUGCAAACAAAAAAAUGAAGCGUGGUAAUAACAGUGAUUUAUGUAAUAAAACGAGUUACAAGUGGUGUGCAGUUCCAAAAUGUACGAAUACGUCAAUAAAAACUCCAAAAAAACUAUUCGUAAGUGUCCCAAAAAAUGUUGACGUUCGCCGAAAGUGGUUGCAACUUUCUCGGAGGGAUCAUAAUGACAUAGCAAAUAGUACAAAUAUUUUCUUCUGUGAAGACCAUUUCGAUAUGGAAAAUGACAUGGUUAAUUACUACCAGUAUAAAAUGGGUUUCAGCCAGAAAAUAAUUUUGAAAGAUAAAGUAUUGCCUUCUAAAUUUAAUUGCCAACCAGAUCACAUUAAAAGAAUGCAUGAUACAAAACAACAAACAAUGGAACAAAGAAUUCAACAAUCUAAACAAACAAUUCAACAAUCUACAAUAAACAACGAUGACCCUACUGCUACUGCAGUUGAAGCUUGUACAAAAGAUAUGCAAAAUUAGUCUCUACAUCAUACUGAAAUUAUUUCUACGCUCCCAGAGUUUUAUCCCAGUUAACUAAAACAGUAAUAUAUAAUUUCUAAAUUAUUUAUAAAUUUAUCAAUCCUUUUUUUUAUUUCAGAAUUCUCUCAAAAAGUAUGUUAACAGAACCUGUUGUAACAGUUGAAAAAUCAGUCCAGUCCAUCAUUUUAUAAAUAAAGUGUGCAUGAGAAGCAAAAGAGUGCAAACUAAGUCCCUAACAAGAGAUACAGCUAUUUCUCCUCUAAAACUCAACCUCUCAAACCUACUGUUUUGUCUAGCUAUCUACAUCUGGUGCUAAUAAUAUAAAGAAAUCAAGAAAGAAGUUUAAGGGAUAGAAUCAUCUUCUCCUUCAGAUAAAACUGUUUCACAUUUUAGCUCCACAGAGACACAUACUUCUCCUGGAACUUAUAGAUUGUCUCGUGAUCAAAAAGACUGUUUCUACAACUACAAUACUAUGAACUAACCUGUUGCUGAUGCAGACAUAGAAUUAUCUGACUAUAGCUCCCAACAGUAAUGAGGAACAUUGAAAAAAAAUGCAAUUUCCCUAUGAUUCGCCAAUCAAUAAAUUUAAUGAUAGAGUAUUUAAACUGAAACAGUUUAUCCCACACAAAUCCUGCUGUAUAUUUUACUUUUUUUUUUCAUGGAUAAAGCCUUAGCUACCUUUGUUGAUCAAACUAAUUCAUAUGCAACACAAAAUCGCCAGAAAGAUAGGGAAUGUGUAACAAUCGCAGAACUGAGCCCUUUUUUAUAUUCAUGGGACUUCAUGACUUCGUGACAAUAUGGCACUAUAAUGGUCUCUAGAUCCAUUGUUUUGCAUAAAAGAGUUUGCAGACGCCGUGCCAGUAAAGCUAAUCAAAAAUAUUCUGUCUAUUUUACAUAUAAAUGAAAAUUUAAAAUAAUGAUUAAAUUGUAUUUAUCAGCAAAGUGAUCAGUAUUUAGUAUUUUACAAAUUUUUUCUUUUUAAUAUUUUGAUUUCUUUUGUCCAAUCUUUUAAUGUAGUUAAUUUAACUGUAUAACACUAUCUUAAGUUCUUUUCAUAUGUAUGUUAUUAAUGUGUGUUAUUAGUGUAUGUUACUCAAAUUUAAUGUAGUUAUCACCUAUAAUUAAAGUUACACUCAGACUCUACUGUUAUUGUAUAUGUACUUGGAAUUUGGUGUAUACUUUGUUGGUGUUCUAUAGAUAAAUAAAUAAAUAAAAAACAA